UCAGUGGAGGCUGUCAAGUUUAUGCGUGAACUGGCUACAUCUGUAAUAAACUUUAUUAUAUUAUAUCAUACUGUCAGUCUUUAAAUCUUGUUAAGGUCAAAAUAGAAAGGUUAGCAUUCAGCAGACUGUUGUGGACGUGCUUAUUCAUUCUCCUUUGCACAGGACACCACUAGCCGAGGACCAUGAGACGAGGAUCCGGCUCCACGAAUUCAAGGAGCAGCUCUGACACCCGCAGGUACCGCAAGCGAGCCCCCACCUCUCAGGUGGAUGAGACCCUGUUUGGGAAUACAACACCGAUAUCCCAGUUCGACAAACGUGGAAACUCAGCCUCCAAGGCCAAGAAUCAAUCCCAGAGGAACCAAGAAGGAGAGACUGUUCAAAUUGUCACCAAAGACCUUAUACGCAACCUCAGGAUCCCAUUUAGGGAUCCUUCAGGAGAGUCGAUCAUUCUGCCAACAACUGAGUUUGAGCGGAUCACCUCAGCAUCCCGGGUGCUAGCUAAGGUGGAGAGGGAGACCCUGAGGGAGGCUUAUCAGAGACAGAAAGAAGAGGAACUUCGAGCUGCAGACGAAAGGAAGCGUCAAAUCUAUGAGGCAGACCUGUCCCGUAAGGAGAACAAGGCACUGACUGAGCUGGAGCUAGAGGCCCGGGACCGUGCGCAGCACCUGGUGGACCGGGCCAAUGCCUUAAGGAUAGAGCAAGAGGAUGAGAUCCAAAAGCUUAACAAGCUGAUUCUCGGUGCUCAGUGUCAAGCCACACGUGAUGCCCAGAUCCAUGAGAAGACACAGAUCCAGUCAGAGAUGUUAGAGGAGGAGAAGCGUCUGGAUGCCAUGAUGGAAGUGGAGCGCCGCAAGGCCUUGGAGACUAUGGAGCAGAUAGAUGAGCGGCACAAACAGCAGAGGAUCAGCGGAAUGCAGAAAAUUUACGACCAGAUCCAGCAACGUCUGGAGGAGAAGCAAGUGCAAGAAGAGAUGAAAGAGCAGGAGAAACAGCAGAUACGAGAGAAGCAGGAAAAAAUGAACCUGGAGGACCUGAGGGCUCUGGAGAAGAAGAGGGAGGAGCAGCAGCAUCUGCAGGAAGAGAUCAUGCGUAUCAAUUCUGAGACCAUGCGGGCCAAGGAGCAGAGGAGAGAGGAGGAGAAGCUGACUGACAUGAGAGACAUGGAAUACAUAAGAAACAAAAUGGAGCGGGAGGCAGAAUAUGAAGCAGAGCAGAGACGAAUCAAGAAGGAGAAGGAGUUAGAGAUUGCCAGGCUGAGGGCCCGGCAAGAGAAAGCAAAAGACUACAAGGCAGAGCAGGAUGAACUCCGUGCUCGGAGGAACCAAGAGAUCACAGAUAGAGAGUGGAGGAGAAAAGAGAGAGAGCUCGCUGCAAAGAAAGCUCAGGAGGAAGCGAUGCUGAGGGAAGCUCGCUCACAGCAGGUUCAUUGCAAAGAGCACUUCCUGUCGAUCGAGGCUGGCCGGGAGAAGGCAGAGUUUGAGAGGGUGGUGAAGGUGCAACAGGAAGCAAGCAUCAAACAAAAGGAGGAGGAGGAGAAGCAGCGUCAGAAAGCACUCCGUCAUGCAGAGGCCAUCCGAAAUCAAGUGAAGGAACGUGAGCUGUCAGCCAUAGCUAAGCGCAGAGAGAUCUUCAAGGAGGCCGAUCGCUUGAUCGAGGAAGCCCGGCAGCGACGUGUUCGCCUCGAUGAGAUCAAAGAGAAGAAGCUGAAGGAGCUCAGGGCUACGGGGCUCUCUGAAAAGUACUGCAGUGAAGUGGAAAGGAAAGCCCGGGCCUGUGCGCUCUGAUCACUCACAGCUGGAUUCAAAUGGUGCAAAGCCAUCACAUUUUACAGGGAUCAUGUUAAAGAUUUAAGUAUUUAUGGAAUUUGAACACAUAUAACAAUCUACCAAUAAACAUUUCUA